UCCAUCCCUCACAUAUGCGUUUGAUCUCUGGGACGAACAAUCUACUAAAUGCCAGACGCCAUUCUGCUCGUUCCAAAAUACCUCGACCUCCUGUACUCCUCCAUUAUUCAGGUCUCAACGCUCACUCGAGUCUAAAACGGCUUUUCUUUUUUGGUGCCUUUAUGUGGAUCUACUAAGCAGAGGAUCGUUGGGUGGGGAGAAACCACCAUGUCAGCAGGCCCAGUUGGCAGCAGACCCAGCCACAGGCCCACCAUGUCAGCAGGCCCAGUUGACGAGGCCAGCUCGGCGCGCAGCCGCUUUUGGACUAGCGCUCGAUCUUCCCGCGAGAAAUCCGAGUUUCGAAGGCUCCUCGGCCGCUCGAAACGAAAGCCACGUGGCAUUUGGCCGAUCCGCGUUUUCCCGGCGGUCCUCCUUGUCUUGAUCGUCCUGGCCCGAUCCACUCUCAGUGAAAGCAGCGAAUGCAGCAGCGGCAGUAGCAGCAGCAGCAGCAGCAGCAGAAGUGAAAGCAGCAGUGAAUGCGGCAUCGACAGCAGAAGCAGCGGCAGCAGCAGCGGCGGCGGCAGCAGCGGCGGAGGUAGCAGUGAAUGCAGCAGCGAGAGCAGGGACCUUAGCGGCCUCGAUGUUAUCGGGACGAGUCAGGGGGAUACCGCCGCUCAUGCGGAUAGCGGAUUAGGCGGUGAAAGCGACGAUGAGAUCGACCAUGAAAUCGGCGAGCGAUUCGAAGAUGAAUUGGAUCAACUAUAUGGGGAUCAUGAUGGUGAUAAUAGUGAUGGAUUAUUUGAGGAUGCAGUGGAGCAUGCUUUUGAAGAGGAUGGCGAGUUUUUGGACCAGGAUAGCGAGUUUCCUUUUGACGAGGGCGUUGAAAUGGAGGGGUGGGAUGACGCGGAUGAUGACGUGGUGGGCGCUGACGCAGAAGAUGACGUGGAAGAUGACGCGGAAGUCGAUGAGGACGUUUGGAGCGACUCUGACGAUGACGACAAUGAGGGUUUCAGCACGGACGGCAAUGAUGAUGAUGAUAAUCGUUUCGAAAAUGAUGGCUUCGAAAGUGGUGAUUUCGAAAAUGAUGGUUUUGAGAACAUUGAUUCUGACAAUGGUGGUUUCGAAUCCGAUCUCGGCUCGGGAUCGGACUGGGAUUCGGAUUCGGAUAUCGAUCCGGAUUUCGAUCUGAGCGACAUAUUCGCAUACGAGAGGGAGGGUUCCGCGAUGGUGCCGCUGCCAGAGAGGGAGGCGCGAUUGGUGGAUGAACUGCUGACGUGGAUGGAGAGGCACGGGGACCAAUCGAAGGAAGGCGGCGGGCUGCGAUCAAAGAUUCAGGUCCUCGCCAUUACCAGCCCCGCUUUCUACUCCUGCGCUCCCCCCACCCCCCCUCUCCCCUCCCGCCUCCCCCUCGGAAUCCUCUCCUCCUCCCACACCGCCCCUGGCUCCACCCUCAUCCCCAUCCCCUUCCCCCUGUGGCUCUCCAAACGCCACGGCGGCUGGGACUCGCGCCUGAAUCGCCCCGCCUCUCCUCCCCCCGCUCCUUACAAGCACGCGGGGGACGAUGUGACUGUAGCCGCGUGGCUUCUAAGGGAGUGGAAAAGGGGUUCUGCGUCGUUUUAUGCCCCGUGGAUUAAUCUCCUGCCGGGCUAUGUACCACUGCCUAUUUUCUGGGACGAGGGGACAUUACAGGAGUUAGAUAGUGGGGAGAUGGUAGAGAGGGUUGAGGAGUCGUUGAGGUAUGUUGAGGAAGCGUACUCUCUUUGCUCUCCUGAUUCCAUCGCUGGGGCUUCUCUAGACGAUUUUAAAUGGGCGGUCUCGAUCGUGUGGUCGCGAUCUGUGCCAAUCUCGGCCGUUGGUUUGAAGGACAGGGAGAAACGGGGGAAGCGGAGGGGGAAGGGGGGGAAGGGAAGGAAGGGGAAGAAGGGAAGGGGAAGUGGAGAGGGAGGAGGGAAGGGAGAGCAGGAGGAGGCGGACGAGGAGGAUUUUUGGCAGUAUAUGGAGGAGGAGGCGGAGGGGGAGGAGGAGGAGGGAGAGGGGGGGGAAGGGGUGGGGGAGGAGGGGGAAGAGGUACACAUGCUGCUGCCGCUGUUGGAUCUGUUCAACCAUGAGUUCUACUACACGGCAGACUGGCAGCCCACCAUCCACUCCUCCACCGCUGACAUCAACAUCUUUGCUGCUGACGUCAUCUCGCCAGGCGGGCCAAUCAGCGUGGGCUAUGGCUCCAUGGACAACGCCCAGUUCCUUCUUCUGUACGGCUUCGUGCCGCCCAACAACCCGUUUGACCGAUUCGUCCUUUUUGAAAACACUGCAGAGCUCCUUGACUACUAUGAGACAAAAUACUUGGCUGCGGCUACAGAAGGCACGUUAGAAGGAGUGGAUUCUGGCACUGGUGCUGUAGCUGGUACUGAUGGUGAUAAAGGAACGGAUUUUAGUGAGAAAUACCCGUGGCUGACUGGCUCGUUUGAUCGAGACUUGGCCGCAGCUUCGGUAACGACUGCCAUAUCUGCGGUGGAGGCUCGGCAACCGCACUACACAGCCGAGCAUGAGUUGGAUCAGCAGCUGUUAGGCAUGGCAGCGGGUGCGGUGGGAGGCUCGGAAGCACUGGCGAUAGGCAGGGAGGGGUAUGUGGAUGCCCGUCUGCUGGCCGCUCUCGCUGCACUCAGCCAGUCCUCACGUGACACUGCCUUGGACUCUCAGGCCUUAGCAGAGGCCAUUCUGCGUUUCGUAUUUCGAGGCGGGGUCACCUGUGAUUCUUUGAAGCAGCAGCAGGUGUACCAUUUGGCAGUUGUGGAAGCACCAGCAGCCUCCGCAGGAAGAGGAGGGGGGGAGGAGGGAGCAGGAGGGAAGGGUGAUGGAGGAAGAUCAGGCAACAGUGCAGUGGAUGCAGCAGCACGCUCUGCAAUGCUCGCAGGGUCCAUAAUACGAGCUGUUGACGUGUUACGUAACAUUCUGCAUGCUACACUACACGGAUUCAGCAGCACGUUUAUCGACGAUUAUAACCUGCUAAAGAGGACGCUUGUAGGGGACGCCUCGUGUGACACAGGUGAUCGAGGAAGGGGGGGAAAGGAGGAGAGUGGAGGGAAGGGGUAUAGCAGCAAUGGAGAUAGAAUAGCCAGCAGCAGCAGCAGCAGCAGCAGCAGCAGAAGUGACAGAAGCGGCAGCAGCAGCAGCAGCUGCAGCAGCAAGGAGAGGGUGGGUCAGAGUGAAGGGACAUGUGGAGUGCCUGUGUUGCAGCUACCAGAGGAGAAGGUUCAGGCCAUUAAGUACCGGCUCUCAGCUAAGCAACUGCUGCUACGAGCACUUAGCUUCUUAGAGGAUGCUUGUCCACAAGAGGAAUCGAGUGAUGGUGAUGGUAAUGAGUCGGAGUAUACAGAGGAUGCAAGUGCAAGCCGUGCAUGACAAUGCUCUCCAUUGUCUUUUCUG